GUCCAGAUAAGUUUCGCUUUCGAAACACGCAAAGAUGGAGGGCUGCAGAGGAAACGGAUUUUCUCAACCUGUUGCAUCUGUCACCCGCAUCGAAUGCUUCAGCGCUUGCCAUCGACUUCACAGCCCCAGCCUUUCGGACGGGGAGAACGCUCAAGUGUACGGCAAGUGCAACAACCCAAACGGCCAUGGCCACAACUAUAAAUUGGAAGUCACGGUGCGCGGUCCGGUGGAUCCUGAUACUGGAAUGGUGAUAAACAUAACUGCUCUAAAAAGCAGCAUACAGCGUCAAGUGCUGGACGAACUCGAUCACAAGAACCUAGACAAAGAUGUGUCGCACUUCAGAAACAAAGUGAGCACGACCGAGAACUUGGCAGUGUUCAUCUGGCAGCGGCUCCGAGACGACCUCCCAGAGCAGCUUCACCUCCAAGUUCGGCUUCACGAGACAGACAAGAAUGUCGUCACCUACCAGGGCCCCCAUGAAUGCGACCGGUGAUGGACCCCGCUUGUCCAUUUACCGUAAAAAUACCGAGCAUGCAUCUAUGUCACACCGAGUGCUCUAAACAUUUCAAAUAAGUAAAAUAUGUGUGAAGCGCCCACUUUAGCAAGCUUUCGAGCCCACGGAGCUAACUGAGGUGCUCCUCUGCAUCGGCUGCUUCUCCGAAAAGCUAGUGCAAAGCGCACAAUGUGCAUAUAUCAUUGUAAUGUGGUAAAGCUCGAUGCGAGGGUGCCGGUGUGAAGCAAGCUUGACAAGAGCGGUGCAGCUGCUUGAAAUAUUGAACCUUCCAUAAGAUCAAUCAAGGGCCUAUUGCAUGCCCCUUCUGCUUUUAUUUCUAACCUAACAAGAGCCCAUUCCUUUUUUUCGUCAUUAUCUCCAACUUUUGCAUGGACACUUGCUCGGUAUUUUAUGGUAGUCAGCUGGGGUCAACAACCAGCUUAAUUGUUCCGUUUGCGAUUAUUCUGUGGUUUUGUAUGGAGCGUCUGCCAAUGGAAGAGAGCCUGUCGACAUGUGGCAUCCAGUUUGUGCGGCUUUUUGUGUAACCUGCAAGGCAAGCUUUUAACUACUACCGCAUGUGAAAGGCAACUUCAAGGAGGAGCUUGCAGCUUGACCAAGUUCCAAUCCUUGCAACGUCGAUGAUGGGGACAAGCAAAACUAAUUACCAAAGCAAGGCCAAUAACUUUACAGCCUAGAGCAUACAGGGUGCGGUGCCGUCGGGACCAACCUGUGCUGUGCUGUCCUUGCGCAACGCAGCAGAGGCUGGUUGCACUCUUUCUCCACGGGGUGCGGUGCCAUUGGGGCCGAGAAGCGCUCCAAUUGCAAACUGAAACUUAAAAGCUCGUCAAAGUUGUGCGGUUUUUCAGAAAGCCGUAAAGUGCUGCGCGUGCCUUCUAUCGUUCUGCAAUUUGUUAAUUUAGAGUUUUUCGAUGAUGCUGAGCAAUUUUCUAAUUGAAACCAUGCCCUUAAACACAAUAUUAAAAAGGUUAAUUAUGCAAAAAUAAUUAACAACUUAAUUAUCGCAAGCUUUAAUAAUUUUCCUAAACGGGCCCCUGGCCCAAAACCAAAACGACACAAUCCUUUUUUUUUUUGUUGCGAAGCAUUGUUUUUGCUAUAUUGAAUUUGUCCACUUUUCGUGAAACACCCUGUAUACAAUAAAAGAAACUAGUAUUACACAAAAUAAAAUAUGUCGAACAACGCAUUAGACGAAGAAAGUAACAAAAUGAGUUGCUAGGCGAGUUGGAUAGACAUCUUGACUUAAACAGCGCAAAUAAGUUAC